CAGAAAACCAAUCACCAGCAGACACACUCCAGCUUGGACUCUCCACCCCAUAUCGCCUCAUGUGAAAACAAACCCUACAGGCAGAGAGAGAGAGGGAGAGGGUGAACGCACAAAUUGUUAGUGGGGUUAUAAACUGCUGAGGUGGAGGAAUCAGCUGGAUUCAGUGUAAGCCCCGGGAACCUGCCUGCUCCAGUAUUUCCUACUCUACCCUCCCUCAACUCUCGCGGCGCCGAAGGGGCAGUGGUUCCGAUUAGAAACCCCCCAACAACACCCAGAGGAAGAAGUAAGCUCGACCCUAAAGAAGUACCGGGUAUGGGGACGAAUGAGGCAACGGUGACCCUGCUCAUCAAAACGCCGAACCAAAAAUACGAGGAUCAGUGGGUCGAGGCAGAUCCAGGCUGGACGGUGAAGAGCCUGAAAUCCUAUCUCCGAGAGAACCACCCGUGUCACCCAACUGAAUCUGAGCAACGGCUGAUUUAUUCAGGGAAGCUGCUGCCUGACCAUCUCUUAGUGAGAGACGUGUUGCGAAAGAAUGAACAAUACCACGUCCUUCACCUGGUCUGUAAUUCAAGAAGUGGAGCUGAAGUGACACAGGCAGUAACUAUGAAGGAAGCAGCUGCACCUACAGCCUCUGGCCAGGAGACCCUGACCGUCCCCACAUCUACAGACGGCAUUCGGCACAGAGGAUCCGGCUCCUUCACUUGGUUGUAUGGUGCUUGGCCGGCAGGAGAAGAGCUCCAGAGGCCAACGGGAAUGUCUGGUCUCGCUGCUUACAAUCUGUAUAGCUCUCAGCAAAUUGUUUGGCUCCAGCAGAUGUACGCAAGGCAGUACUAUAUGCAGUACCAGGCUGCAGUUGCUGCUGCAGCAGCCGCCACCCACUCUCGGCAGCAUCCAGUGGUCGCUCCAGGGACGCCCCCGGUACUCCCCAACCAACACCCUCUGGUCAACCUUCCAGAAGAUCGCAAUGCCCCCCUGCCUCCACUCAACAACCCACCGGCCAACCAGAACCUCCGGAUGAAUGCUCAGGGGGGCCCAGUGAUGGACGAUGAAGAUGAGUUGAACCGUGAUUGGCUGGACUGGCUGUACCUGGGUGCCCGCGCCUGCUUUUUCCUCAGUAUCGUGUACUUCUACUCCUCUCUAAGCCGUGUGGUGUUAGUAGCCAGUGCCAUUCUGCUGAUAUACCUGCAUCGUGCUGGUUGGUUCCUGUUUGGGCACCCAGCACCGGUACAGCCAGCACCAAAUGCUGAAGUGCCAGUGGAGGAAGCCAAUCCAAACGGUGACCAUCAGGAGAAUCUGGACAACCAAGAUACUGUGCAAGAAGAGAUUCAGAGUGGGCCACCAGAUCAAGAUGUCGAAAGAGUAAAUAACCCUGAAAGCGGUGAGAUCACAGAAGCCCCUGUGGCUCCGCAAGUUGAGGUGAACAGGACGACACUUGCAAAUAAAGCCUGGGUGUUCUUCAAAACCUUCUUUGCCUCGUUGAUCCCUGAAGGUCCUCAGGCUGUGGCGAACUAAUGUCAGUUGAACUCCAAGCUGCUGUGCCUUUAUUUCUAGUUUUUUUUUAACAAAGAGAAAGAAGUGCAAUCCUAGUUCAGUGUUUUCCGGGCUUCGUGCAAGAAAAUGAAGUCACUGUUUCUGCUGUGACUGGGUGUCUAGACGUGAUUCCAAAUGGAGCGCAGAUUAGUAUAUGAUAUAAAAUGUAAAUUUUGUAAAUUAUUAGAGGAAAGGUAUUAUUAUAAAAUGUGCAAUUGAGGCUUUUCUAGUGUGUGAAGCUGCAAAUUGAAUCAUGGAAUGACUCCACAGUGUGUUACAACAUCUUAAUAUCUAACAGCUGUGGUCAGUGACACUUUUUUUUAUCUCUGCAAGUAUGACUUAAUACAAAAAGUGCUUAUUCCCCUUUUGUGUGAGUUUUAUGAUGAGCAUUUAUUGGAAAAGUAACUUGGUUUAUUUUGCAAAAGUGUGAAUUUAGAUUUCACGUUGCAUAAUAAGCACAAUAAAA